UAAUGUUAAAAAAGGUUCCAGUUGGUGCAAACCAAGGCUGCAUGAGUGGCUCUAAAACAUGCUUUUGAACUAAUGAAGCAAAAAUACAACAACUCUCCUGGUUCCAGGUGAAGAUCAGAUGGUUGUCUAGAACAGCUACAUUUUUAAAUUGUACUGUAAAACACAAACGGCAUUCAUGUUAUAUCAAAAAUGACACGGAUGUUGAACAUGAAACAGUCAUUAUACCACGGAUAGACAGCCAACAGAAACAUAAAACAAACAUUGCAUUACAUUUCAGGAUGGGGAAUGUGUUUGUGUAGACAAUGUUAGAGCUGAAUGUUCUCCACAUAAGUGUGUGGAUUCCCUCUGCUCCACCAGACGGCCCAAACAACACGGCAGGAGAUGGUGAUGGUCCACUGGAAGCUGAAUCUUUGACACCUGGCCACCAGAUGGCACUGUGCCGAAACGCUUCAUCUGAAAAGAACAGACGUUUCAUCAUGUGAAAAUCAGAAAAUCAGCCUUUCAACACGGUUUCAUCAACUCUGAGGAAACUUCAUGCUGACAGGAGGAGCUCUGAAGACUCAGCAAGAUUCAGCUUCUGGUGCCGAGACCAAGAACAAAAUCAGCUGUUACCAGCAGCAGUUCUGUGAUGGUCUUCAGAUGCUUCAUCAACAUUUGAUGACAGAAUUUCAUGACCACAAAGGUCAGGGCGACAGAUCCUAAAACAACUGAGGUAAUGAAUGUUUGCAGACACUCUCCACACUGUCUCUGAGUUUUACUCCUCAUCAUAAACCUGCAGAAUCAUGGCAGACCUGGAAGGAGUGAAUUCCUCAGGCACUGGGCAGAACAAAACGUGUGAUUCAGUGGAAACAUCAAAUCAUCCUUUCCUAAUACUAAUCUACAGUCUGCUGUUUCUGGUGGGCUUUAGCCUCAACAGCCUCACCUGGUGGUUUCACUACCGUGGAGCUCAUGGACGAGAAUCCAAGAGCUGGAUGAUCUACCUGAAACAUCUGACAGCGGCCGACUUUCUGCUCUGCAUCAGCCUCCCCCUGCGCAUUAUUCACUACGCCAGAAGCUCAUUCACCAUCCACCUGCUCUACUGCAGCGUUGGAGCCCCACUCCUGUUCCUCAACAUGUCUGCCAGCAUCCUGUUCAUGAGUUACAUUGCAGCUAACAGGUACAUGAAGAUCUUUUAUUCCUCUGGAACUCACUUCCUGAUGUCUUCCAAAGCCAGCCACAUCAUCUCAAUGACCUCCUGGGUUGUUCUCUUGACCAUGAUAACACCAUACUCCAUCCUGGUGCUAAUCAACCACACCUCUCAACCGUCCCAUCAUGGCACCUGUGAUCAUCUGCUCAAAGAAAUCAUAAGACCACUGUACAUAGCAAGUCAUGCUGGUGCUUUCAUCAUCUUUCUGUCAGGACUCUUCUCUCUGGUUUUCUUCUACUACAGCGCCUCCCGCAGGGUGCUGCAGGUCCAGCAGGCCCAACUGGCCUCCUCCAACUCCAAGAAGCUUGUGAAAUCUCGUAGGAACAUGUUGGUGUUGGUCAGUGUGUUCUGCUUUUGCUUUGUUCCUUAUUACAUUGUUCGAAUUCCAUACAUCCGACUUCAAGGACAUUGUUCGGUAGUGUUGUACUACGUCAAAGAGGUGACGGUCUUACUGUCAGUUUUUAAUAUCACUCUGGAUCCUCUUAUUUAUGUUUUUCUUUGUAAGGAUUUCAGGGCUCAACUUAACCUGAAUCAAAUAUUCUGCAUAAAAGGCAACAGAAACUCCUCCAGUUCGGAGGCAGGAGACAGUGAUAAUCAGAUGAACACCAUCAGUACCAGUGUAGCUCCCCGGGCCCAGUGAGGACAGAAUGAAAGACACAGGGAUCAUUGGUCCAGGUUGUUUUCAUGUCUAAAUAUUAAGCAUAAAUGGAUGUAACUCCCCCUGCUCUAUGGUGGAAAAGAGCCUCUAGUAAGAUGCUUAGUAUGCAUGGAAAAUGUCACAGUGGAAUCAACAGCCAUGCAACAUCAGAAAGUUUGAAGUGAUAUUGCAGCGAUGGUCCACAGGGGGGCGCAUCCUACUUGUAAAAUAAGCUACUCCUUUCUUAUAAUCUGGGUUUGCUAAUUUUAAUAACUAUGAAGUGUUGUUUUAUUCUAUGAUGUAAAUUUGCAAUUCCUGCAAAGUUUAUUCUUAUUUUCAAGUUUUUACAUUAUUACUUUUGUUGAAACUCAAUGCUCCUAUUUAACUUUAACCCUAUAGUAGUACAAUAAAGUGUUUUAUUCCUUCUGUUUGUGUUUGGUUCAUGGGACUUGUGAGAGAAUAUGGAGAGAAAAUCAAUGACAAUAUGAAAGUUUAUUUUAAUUCAUCAGGACCAUAAUUACUAAAAUCCUAAUGCAGGUCUGACGG